UAAGAUGGCAAGUAAUAGGAGAGAGUCUCACAUCCAAAAUUCUAGGCAUCCAUCCCCCUAAACACAACCCUCUCUGGCAAGCUAGCCCUCCUACACGCGACCCCAUGCUGUGUGUGAGUUCAAGAUGAGCUAGGUACUACUACCAGUACCUCUCCCUCCUCAUCCUCCCUCUGCAACUCCCAUGAGAGAUGAUCUGCUCCUGCUAGUCCUAGACCUCUUUAACUAUCUUUCUCUCUCUCUCUCUCCUUCUCACACACAAGCGUGAUGAGCUUAUGCAUGGCCGGACACAUCUGAUCAUAGCUGCUAGCGGCACCCCUCCCUCACACAGAGAGACGCCGCAGUUGCUCUUUGUCCGAGGACCUAGAGACGGGAGGUCUCAGGGGUCUUGGAGUCCCAUCACUAAAGCAUGUUUCCUCUCUAUGAUUCCCCAAGCCCCAUGGACAUACCACUUUACCAACAGCUGCAGCUCAGCCCUCCCUCGCCAAAGGAACCGGACCACCAAUCCUUCCCCUACUACCAUUCCUCCCCUGCAUUCGCCGCCGACAUCUUCCACAACAGUUACCUUGGUGCCGGUGCCGGUGCCACUGUCGCGACGCCGCUCCCUGCGGAGAUCGACUCGCCGACAGAGCUGCUGCUGAUGGAUCAGGCGCCGGCGCCAAGGACGGACGGCGUCCGAAAUGCGCAAGGCCUGCACGGCGGUGGAGGCAUCGACAGCGAGGCGGCGGCGGCCGCCGCCGCAAGGAAAGAUCGCCACAGUAAGAUAUGCACAGCCGGCGGCAUGAGGGACCGGCGGAUGCGGCUGUCUCUUGAUGUCGCCCGCAAGUUCUUCGCGCUCCAGGACAUGCUAGGCUUCGACAAGGCAAGCAAGACGGUGCAAUGGCUCCUCAACAUGUCCAAGGGGGCCAUCAGGGAGGUCAUGACCGAUGAGGCGUCCUCCGACUGUGAGGAGGACGGCUCCAGCAGCCUCUCCGUCGUCGACGGCAAGCCCAAGCCGCCGGCGCUGGAGGUCGGUAGAGCUGAUCACGCCGAGGGGAAGAAGCCGGCGGCAAGGGCAAGAAAGACACCCGCCAACCCGAAACCACCGAGGAAAUUGGCGAGCGCGCACGCUAUCCCUGACAAGGAGUCGAGGACGAAGGCAAGGGAGAGGGCGAGGGAGCGGACGAGGGAGAAGAACCGGAUGAAAUGGGUGACGCUUGCGUCCACGAUUAACCUCGAAUCGCCCGCAAGCGCGGCGGCGAGAGCGGACGAGCUGAUCAUGAGCCCAAGCAAUUUGAACCGCUCGUCCUCCAGGAACACGGGAAGCGCUGAAUUUGAGGAGAGGUGCUCGUCGUCACUGCCGAGCGAGACCAGCGACGCGAUCAUGGCCGCUGGAUUCAGCAAUGGAGGAUACGGAGGCGGCAGCGGCAGCGGCAGCAGCAGCUACUACGAGUACCAGCUGGAGCAGCAAUGGGAGCUCGGUGGAGUCGUGUUUGCCAAUUCGCGGCUCUACUGAGAGGCGACGACGUGCGUACGGUACUAGAACUACUCGAUCUCGCUGUCUUGCCUUGCACCUAUGAAAUUAUCCUGCUUGUUCGAUCGAAGAUUCGCAAAAUAAUAUCCUUGUGAAUUAACUGUGUGACGAUGAACUAGUUUUGGUCAUCGCAUGGUGUAUUUUAGCUGUAGCUACUACUAUCUAGAACUAUGGUGAUUAAUUCAUGUAAUUCUUGCGUGGAUUCUAAUCUGCAUUUCCUUGA